GCGCGCGCGGCGCGGCCAAUCAGCGUCGACCACGACCCUCCCCGGAGGAGCUGGAGCCGCCGCUCGGUUGGGCCCGGCCCGGAGCCGCCACUGUCGGGACGGGGGGCGGCGACGGAGGAGGAGGAGAUGGUGUCCCCCUCUGCCUCCGCCGGGCGCCUGGGCUCCGCGCUGCCCUUCCUGCUCGUGCUCCUCGACCUGCAGUACCAGGGAGCUGAGUGUGGAAUAAAUGCAGAAGUAGAAAAACAACUUGAAAUGGGGAAGAAAUUAUUGGCUGCUGGACAGCUGGCAGAUGCUUUGUCUCACUUUCAUGCAGCUAUAGAGGGAGACUCUGAGAACUACAUUGCUUAUUACAGAAGAGCCACAGUGUACUUAGCCAUGGGCAAAUCUAAAGCAGCAAUUCGCGAUUUAAGUAAAGUGGUUGAAUUAAAGCAAGACUUCACAUCAGCAAGAUUACAGAGAGGACACUUACUGCUUAAGCAAGGAAAAUUCGAUGAAGCAGAGGAUGACUUUAAAAAUGUGCUCAAAUCCAAUCCUAGCAAUAAUGAGGAAAAAGAAGCCCAGACUCAGCUGACAAAAUCUGAUGAGCUGCAACGCCUACAUUCACAAGCAUUAUCUGCCUACCAGCAAGAGGAUUACGGAGCUGCUAUUUCUCUUCUUGAUGAAAUCUUGGCAGUUUGUGUUUGGGAUGCAGAGCUACGGGAACUUCGAGCAGAGUGUUAUAUAAAGGAAGGGGAACCAAGCAAAGCCAUUAGUGACUUGAAAGCUGCUGCCAAAUUAAAGAAUGAUAAUACUGAAGCCUUCUAUAAAAUCAGCAGAAUAUAUUAUCAGCUGGGGGACCAUGAAUUAUCUCUCAGUGAGGUCCGGGAGUGUCUGAAACUGGACCAAGACCAUAAGCAAUGCUUCUCUCUCUAUAAGCAAGUAAAGAAACUCAAUAAGCAGAUCGAGUCAGCAGAGGAAUUCAUCAGAGAAGGCAGGUAUGAAGAUGCUAUCAGUAAAUAUGAGUCUGUAAUGAAAACUGAGCCAGAAGUCCCAAUUUAUUCUACUCGUGCCAAAGAAAGGAUCUGUCACUGCUUAUCAAAGAAUCAGCAGGCUACAGAAGCCAUCAAACUUUGUUCAGAAGUUCUGCAGCUAGAACCAACCAACGUGAAUGCCCUGAAAGACAGAGCAGAAGCUUAUUUGCUAGAAGACAUGUAUGAAGAAGCUAUUAAAGACUAUGAGACUGCUCAAGCCAAUAGUGAAAAUGACCAGCAGAUUCGGGAAGGGCUGGAACGUGCCCAGAGAAUGCUGAAGCAAUCACAGAAGAGGGAUUAUUAUAAAAUCCUGGGAGUAAAAAGAAAUGCUCGAAAGCAAGAAAUCAUAAAAGCUUACAGAAAGCUGGCAUCCCAGUGGCACCCUGAUAACUUCCAGAGUGAGGAAGAAAAGAAGAAAGCAGAGAAGAAAUUCAUUGAUAUUGCAGCUGCUAAAGAAGUCCUCACUGACCCAGAAAUGAGGCGGAAGUUUGAUGCGGGAGAGGACCCACUGGAUGCGGAGAGUCAGCAAGGUGGCAACAACCCUUUUCACAGGAGCUGGAACACGUGGCAAGGAUUCAACCCCUUUGGUUCUGGAGGAGGACCAUUUACAUUCAAAUUUCACUUCAGUUAGAGCCAAGACUGUUUCUGGGUGGCUGCUGCUGUUUUUUACUUAAUUCAUUGAAAAAUAAAAAGUCUCUCAGUUCAA